UCGUCUCCUCGGGAUGGAUCACUGCGUCCGCUCGCUGUGUCUGGACCACAAGUAUUGCAGCGUGGCCCCUCCCCCCACCGCGCACGCCUGUCGCAGUCUGAUCGCAGACCCUCUGUGGGGGUGUACAUCUCACCCGUGUGCCCCCCACCAUCACCCAAUCCACGGGAGAUGUUCAUGUACAGACCACUACCCCCGCUACACCAGUGUGACCUGCAAAAAGCUGAACUGGUCAUCAACUCCUCCAUGUCUCACCACCGUCAUUCGGCGUGAGACUGUGCUGGCACGCCGGGACCCCGACCGAUUUUACUACCUCGGUGUAGUGAGGCACGAGGAGGAGCCGGGGGUCUUCCUAAUCGAGUUCAAUAAGCCGUCUGUGCAGAGGGAUCGGUACCCGGCCAUGCUACAGAAGACGAGCUCCGGUGACGUCAUCCAGUACGAAGAAGGGCGGAGACAUUCUAUAGUACCCGGCGACAACGUUCUAGCCCCAUGGGAACGGGAACUGACCCGCUAUGGACCCGGAACCGUCAUCCUGGGCCUGGAGACCAGAGACCCGCUGCGCGUGGCCGAGGAUGAAGAGUUGACCGUUUGUUUUUGGAAUGGCAAGAAGGUGAACGUCCCUCUCGGUGUGGCUGUGUGGAUUUCACCGACGGUCCAUCAUAGGAUCAUAGACACGCUGCAUCGUCCUAUCACCAGUCGUCAACCCCAGGAAGACCAGCCCCCGAGCACCACCACCACCUACGUCAUCACCGACCGCUGUACCACGGUGCCCGUCCCUAUGUGCACCAAGGACCUCCACCACCGAUGGGGUCAUCACACCGUCCACCCGCAUCUCACCCACCGACACUGCGACUGCUGCUGCUUCCCGAGCCACCCGACCUGUACCUGCUGCUACGACCCCAAGUGUCAGGACUGGUGGGGGCUCACCCCCCGGACCACCGUCUACGUCCAGAGCAGGAAGGAACCCGAGAGGGAGGAACGUUUGUAUUCCGGUACUGGAGGGAGAGGAAGUCCCAGGAACCGCCGAGACCGCCAUCUAUCAUCGACCUCCGAUAGCGAGGAGGAGGAUCUCCUGGAGGACGAGGACACAGACGACGAAACUUAUUUGUCAAGGACCACACAUAGCACCAUGGUGGACAGCGCAGUCAACACCGAUUCCAGCCUAUGGGAGAAGCCGAAACUAGACACCGGCGACCGACCAGAGUGGAAGUACUGGAAACACCGGCAACCGGAACCCUUCUACCGAAAACCGGGAAUUAUAAAAUCGAACAGUAAAAAGUCCAUCGAGAAUCCGAGAGCCGCCGUGUCCGAUUUUUUCGAGUCCACCAACCGGAGUGCUCUGUUUGAUACCAUAGUGGAUUCGCCAGCCAGGCGCCUCACCAUGAAAGACGUUUUGGUCCACACCAAUUUUGUCUCGUCUGGUACGGACCCGCCCCGCCCCAUCGCUGAGCGCCUCGGCGAAUCAGAAGUGGGGAAGCUGCGCCACAAGCAGGCGAUUCUCGAGAAGCAGCAACAGCAGAAGGAGAGACGCCACCAAUGGGAGGAGAGGAGAGAGGAGGAGUCUGGGAAGAAGUACAGCGAAAGCCAAGAGGCGCACAGGAAGAAGACGCUGCAGCGCCUGCAGAACGAGGAGCGGAAGGUGAAGGAGCGAGAGACAAAGGAGAAUGCCGGCGUAAAAGUCAAGAUGGCCGCCAGCGAGGAGCGCAAAGAGCGCAACCAGACGGUCGCUGCCGAGGAGAAGAAGAGAGAACAGCGAAGGAUCGAUCACCUGAGGGGAGUGCGAGGGAAGAUCGACCAGAGGGAGUUCGAGAAGUGCGCGGCGAGCGAGCGGAAAGAGAUCGACCAUCUGGCUGCCCAGCGCAGGAGGGUGGAGGAUCACUACAGAGAAGUGGCGGAGAAGGUGGUCCAGGCGGAGGGGGGAGGGAGGGGGAGGGGGAGAUCUCGGGAAUUCGAGGCGUAGAAUUCACAUUACAAAUGGAGAUCAUUCGGUAUUGAUCGAUUGGAAAUAAUCAGCACCCAGUUGGCUGUGGGAGGUCCUCAUGUUCCCGCCCACUCCGUUCCUUGAAGGAUGACUCCGCCUACAUCUCACACUCCAGUAUUUCAUAGAUGGAGGGAUUGUGCGGCUCCCGACAAUCGAUCGAUUUCUAUGGGAAGG